AUUCUUUUCUUUAUAUUUUCUUUUGCCUUUUUAGCAUUUGGCAUUAUUGAAGCUAGAUUGGUUUUUAUGGAAAUCAAAAAAGGGAAAAUUAAACGAAAUUAUUGAAGUGGAAGUUGAAGUUGAAGUUGAAGUUGAAGUUUGAAGUUGCUUGUUGAUAUAUAUAUAUUAUAUCUAUUUUUUUCUUUUUUAGUGAAGAGAGGUAGGCUUUUAAUGGUUGUUGAUUGAGUAGAGAAGCAAGGAAUGAUAAGAGAGAGAAGGAAGCAUAAAAGGGAAAAGGGAGGUGCUUUCAAUUGGUAAAUCAGAAAGAAAGAGAAGCUUCUGGUCUGCCCCAGGCAGAGGGAGACGGAGGAGAAGACGCUGUGUUUUUUGAAGAUCGGCUUUGGUUUUGGGGACAGAUCUGGGAGCAGAAUUGAGUUGUAGUGAUCUGUGAAAGGCCAAUGGAGGCCAGUGCCGGUUUAGUGGCUGGCUCUCAUAACCGCAAUGAGUUGGUCGUCAUCCGUCGCGACGGUGAAUCUGGACCAAAGCCGUUGCAGCAGCUGAGUGGACAAAUCUGCCAGAUAUGUGGAGAUGAUGUUGGGCUAAAUGUGGAUGGGGAGCUGUUCGUGGCCUGCAAUGAAUGUGCCUUUCCGGUUUGCAGAACUUGCUACGAGUACGAGCGCAGAGAAGGAAGCCAAGUGUGCCCCCAGUGCAAGACUAGGUUUAAACGUCUCAAGGGUUGUGCUAGAGUUGAGGGUGAUGAAGAAGAAGACGACAUUGACGAUGUGGACAACGAGUUCAAUUUUGAAGGGAGGGGUAAAGUGGAUAUGCAGGGUGCUCUUGCUGAAGCAAUGCUUCAGGGCCACAUGACCUAUGGCCGCGCCUAUGAUUCUGACCUUCCUCAUGUCUUUCAUACCAUGCCCCAAGUUCCUCUCCUUACCAACGGUCAAAUGGUUGAUGAUAUUCCUCCUGAGCAACAUGCUUUGGUCCCUUCUUUCAUGGGUGGUGGAGGCAAAAGAAUCCACCCCCUUCCUUUCUCAGAUCCUAACCUUCCAGUGCAACCCAGAUCCAUGGAUCCCUCCAGGGACUUGGCUGCAUAUGGAUACGGAAGUGUAGCUUGGAAGGAAAGGAUGGAGAAUUGGAAACAGAAACAAGAAAAAUUACAGAUGAUGAAGAAUGAAAAUGGCGGCAAAGAUUGGGACAAUGAUGGAGAUGGGCCAGAGCUGCCACUGAUGGAUGAAGCAAGACAGCCAUUGUCAAGAAAGUUGCCUAUUUCGUCUAGCCAAAUCAACCCAUACCGAAUGAUCAUCAUAAUACGAUUGGUUGUCCUUGGUUUCUUCUUCCAUUAUCGAGUAAUGCAUCCUGUGAAUGAUGCUUAUGCAUUGUGGCUAGUCUCUGUCAUCUGUGAGGUCUGGUUUGCUCUUUCAUGGAUUCUUGAUCAGUUCCCGAAGUGGCUCCCAAUUGACAGGGAAACUUAUCUAGACAGGUUGUCCUUGAGGUAUGAGAAGGAAGGUCAACCUUCUCAACUAUCUCCGGUGGAUAUAUUUGUGAGUACAGUUGAUCCACUAAAAGAGCCUCCUCUGGUGACUGCGAAUACGGUUUUAUCCAUUCUUGCUGUGGAUUACCCUGUUGACAAGGUCUCUUGUUAUGUUUCUGAUGAUGGUGCUGCUAUGCUGACAUUCGAAGCCUUGUCAGAAACAUCAGAGUUUGCAAGGAAGUGGGUCCCUUUCUGCAAGAAGUUCAACAUUGAGCCACGGGCACCCGAGUUUUAUUUUGCUCAGAAGAUAGAUUACCUCAAAGACAAGGUGCUACCUUCAUUUGUGAAGGAACGAAGAGCAAUGAAGAGAGAAUAUGAGGAAUUCAAAGUUCGGAUCAAUGCUUUGGUUGCCAAGGCACAAAAGGUCCCAGAAGAAGGGUGGACAAUGCAGGAUGGGACUCCAUGGCCUGGGAAUAACAUCCGAGAUCAUCCUGGAAUGAUUCAGGUUUUUCUUGGUCAAAGCGGGGGUCAUGACACAGAUGGUAAUGAAUUGCCACGAUUGGUAUAUGUCUCUAGAGAAAAGCGACCUGGGUUUAAUCACCACAAAAAGGCUGGUGCAAUGAAUGCUUUGGUCCGAGUCUCUGCUGUGCUCACAAAUGCACCAUAUCUGUUGAACUUGGAUUGUGAUCACUACAUCAAUAACAGUAAGGCUCUUAGGGAGUCUAUGUGUUUCAUGAUGGAUCCAUUGCUUGGAAAGAGAGUCUGCUAUGUUCAGUUCCCCCAGAGGUUUGAUGGUAUUGACAAAAAUGAUCGAUAUGCCAACCGAAACACUGUUUUCUUUGAUAUUAACAUGAAAGGUUUAGAUGGCAUUCAAGGACCCAUAUAUGUUGGGACUGGAUGUGUGUUCAGAAGGCAAGCGCUAUAUGGUUAUGAUGCUCCAAAGACAAAGAAGCCACCGACAAGGACAUGCAACUGCUGGCCAAAAUGGUGCUGCUGUGGUGGAAGGAAGAAGAAGAAGAAGACUAACAAGCCUAAGUCUGAACUAAAGAAGAGAAAUUCUAGGAAGGCAGAUGCUGGAGGACAUGUUCCUGUGUGUGCUUUAGAGGGUAUUGAAGAGGGAAUUGAAGGUAUUGAAAGUGAAAAUGUGGCUCUCAUGUCUGAGCAGAAGCUGGAAAAGAAGUUUGGACAGUCUCCUGUAUUUGUUGCCUCUACGCUGCUAGAGAAUGGUGGCACACUAAAAAGUGCCAGCCCGGCUUCCUUGCUUAAGGAAGCCAUUCAUGUGAUUAGCUGUGGCUAUGAAGAUAAAACAGAGUGGGGAAAGGAGGUUGGCUGGAUAUAUGGCUCGGUUACGGAGGAUAUCUUGACGGGCUUUAAAAUGCAUUGCCAUGGAUGGCGAUCCAUAUAUUGUAUACCUUCAAGACCUGCAUUUAAAGGGUCUGCACCCAUCAAUCUUUCUGAUCGUCUUCACCAGGUCCUUCGGUGGGCUCUUGGUUCAAUUGAAAUUUUCUUGAGCCGGCAUUGUCCCCUGUGGUAUGGGUAUGGAGGUGGUCUGAAAUGGUUAGAGCGUCUGUCGUACAUAAAUGCUACUGUAUAUCCAUGGACUUCAAUUCCCCUGCUAGCAUAUUGUACCUUACCUGCUGUCUGCUUGCUCACUGGGAAAUUUAUUACUCCAGAGCUUAGCAACGUUGCUAGCUUGUGGUUUCUGUCACUUUUCAUUUGUAUUUUUGCAACUGGUAUCCUGGAAAUGAGAUGGAGUGGAGUUGGAAUUGAUGAAUGGUGGAGAAAUGAACAGUUUUGGGUUAUUGGAGGUGUUUCAGCACAUCUGUUCGCGGUGUUCCAGGGACUUUUGAAGGUGUUAGCUGGUGUUGACACAAACUUCACUGUGACAUCAAAAGCUGGGGAUGACGUGGAGUUCUCAGAGCUGUAUGCUUUCAAGUGGACCACAUUGCUCAUCCCACCCACCACACUGCUGAUAAUAAACCUGAUUGGAGUUGUUGCUGGCAUCUCAAAUGCAAUAAAUAAUGGGUAUGAGUCAUGGGGACCUCUGUUUGGUAAACUCUUCUUUGCAUUCUGGGUGAUAGUUCAUCUCUAUCCUUUCCUGAAGGGUUUGCUGGGUCGGCAGAACAGAACCCCCACGAUCAUUAUCGUGUGGUCAAUUUUGCUUGCCUCCAUCUUCUCUCUUUUGUGGGUUCGGAUUGAUCCUUUUCUGGCCAAGUCAGAUGGCCCAGUUCUGGAGGAAUGUGGAUUGGACUGUAAUUAGUAGUGCAUAUUCUGUUGGGCAAUUUGUUAGUGGGGUUUUUGACAGAUAUCUUAAAUUAUACAAAAGAAAUCUUUGGUGUGAUGGGGUCCACCAUCUGUAGAUUUUUAAUAUGUGUUGGGGUUGGAGGAAAUGCUAAGGGGUUCAAGAUUUGAGCUGGCUGGCGGCGGUUGCGGUGGCGGUGGCAGUGGGUGAUGGUUAGAAGCUGCUGCUCAUUUUUUUAUUGGUUUGAUAUAUACGGGGAAGAGGAGGUAGGGUGAACCACAGUAUCACAGUGAAUUAUUGUUACAACUCGUCUCUCUCUCUAUUUUGUUCACAAUAAAGAGUGGGCUUUGCCUUGUCCCGCUACGUGUUACAUGUAUCUACGAAGGCAAAAUUCUGUGACAUUAGAAAUUUGUUUGGGACUUCUUGUUUGCACUUUAUGUUACUAUUGCUGCCAGACGCACCUACCUACAUCUACAUCAUUUCAUUUUGUAACGGACAGGAUAAAGAAACUUUUUCACUUGGUGUUUGGGAUUGUGA